GUGCCAGUUUAGUAUAAAUUCAACAUCAAAUCGAAUCCUUUUCAUUAUAAGAUUUGGAAUGAAAGGCAGACUUCGUGUGUAAAAAUACAGUUGGGUUCCCUUCAGACAUAUCAAGACCGAUUUACACCAGAUUAUCUCAAGUUAAGAGUGGUUUUUCGAAAUCGAGGUACAGUCUGAAUCACAGAACGUUUGGAAAUUUGUCUUUUCGUUAGUAAAGUGUCGACCGUAAUCUCCAUCGCAAAGUCCUUUUAAGAGCAACCGCGAACCAUGCCCACAAACAUUAUAAACCGCAACAACAUGAGUACUGAAACGAAUCCACCAGAUUUCGCAGAAAGGCAAAGGAGACGCGCCUUUGCCCAUUACGAUUGUCAAAGUCUCGCAGCAAGUCUCAAAAAUGCCGCCACAUCCAGAGCUUUUAUGCUCACGCGGAGGCAAAAUACCCCAAGUAGGGCUUCUGCAGCUUCAAAAAUGGACCCCUGCUUUGACACAUCUGAUGCUGACGAUUGGGAGAAAGAUUUUGGCGACGGACGGUCUAAUGAAUUGGUUCAAAAUUGUCCUUACGUUCGCAAUGAAAUCGGAGGAGAAAAGGAAUGGCAGAUUAGUGCGUCGCGUAUUCGCAGUUUGGAAGGUACAGAACCGGAAGGGACUACCCACAUCCCAGGUUUGGCUUGCGGUUUAUCCAUCCUAGAAAGCGUUCCAAAUGAGGAUAGAUGGAAGGACUCGUGUAUUUAUCAAAAGGGUCCUAGAGCCGUUGAAGUUAUGGAUCAUGGAGCUCAUUAUUACCGACGGUAUUUCCACAGCGAAGACCAUCAAAAUUGGUUUGGAAUGGACGAGCGGCUGGGACCGGUAGCUAUUUCAGUCAAAAGAGAAGAAUUACAAGAAAAGGAAGGGAAUACUCCUGCCCGUCAUAAAUAUCGUCUAAUUAUCCGCACUUCCGAAAUUCUCACAUUGCGAGGUUCGAUUAUGGAGGAUUCGAUUCCUAAUCGUCGAGGAAAGCAUGUUACUACCAAAGAUGUUUUAGAAUGCGUUGCACCUGAAAUAAAACUGAAUUGCCUUCGCCUGGGUGUGGAUACGCUUGAAUGUGAACAACAAUUGAUGACACUGGAUGAGCAAAGCCCAACGAACCAAUACAAAGUGGGAAUACUCUACUGUAAAUCGGGUCAGUCAUCUGAGGCGGAAAUGUACAGCAACGAAAAAGCUGGGCCCGAGUUCAUUGAGUUCCUGAAUACCAUAGGGAGGCAAGUGCGUCUGAAAGGAUUCGAUAAGUUUAGUGGUGGAUUAGAUACUAAGUCGGAUUCGACAGGAACACAUUCACUUUACGCUACGCACAACAACUGCGAAAUAAUGUUCCAUGUUUCAACAAUGCUUCCAUUUGCGCCGGACUCUUCUCAGCAGUUAUUCAGGAAGCAGCACAUUGGAAAUGAUGUCGUAACAAUUGUGUUCCAAGAAUCAGGCGCUCAACCAUUUACUGCAAGGAAUAUUCGGAGUCAAUUCCAGCACGUGUUUAUAAUAAUUCGUGUAGUGAAAUCAGGAGGGACCUUCUACAGAGUGGCUGUGUCUCGGUCGAAGGAUGUGCUGGCGUUUGGACCUCCAAUACCUGCUGGAGCCACCUUCACUCGAGGCAAAAAGUUUGUCGAGUUUCUUUAUAUGAAAAUUAUAAACGCCAAAAACGCAGUCUACUCUUCAGAGAAAUUUACAAAGAUUUCAAUGAAGACUCGUCAGGAAUAUCUCAAAAAUAUAGUCAACAACUUCUCCACGACGACUACUUUGAAUGUUGGUACAAAAUUCUCUAUCUUCACUAGCAAGAAAAAGGAGAAAGCCAAGGCUAAAUUCUCCGCGGAUGCAGCACAGCAAGGGGCAUUCUGUUGGCAAGUUAUCGUUCAGGAUGCAGGAAUUUCGACGGCUAUCAAUUGCUUAUUAGGCAUUUCAGCAGAUACAUUUGUCCUGAUUGAAGAAUGCAGUCGCCAGAUUGUUUUUGUUACCCCGACGAAAGGAAUUCUUGGGUGGUCUACGCGUACGAAUGAAUUACGAAUCUAUCACCACCGUGGUGAAUGCAUAACAAUGAACAUGAAAUCUGAAGAGCAGUUGGAGGUCGUCCAAAGGCUGAGAUCCGUUACUCCUGGAUGUGACGCUUUGGAGUUUUAUCUUUCGAGAAAUUCAAUGAAGCAGUUGGGUUUCCAUGUGCAACCUGAUGGACUAGUAACUAAGGUAGAUACAUGCGGGCAAGCGUGGGAGGCGGGAUUACGACGGGGAUUCCGAUUGGUUGAAAUAUGCAAUGUCAUAGUGGCUACUAUAUCAAUUGAACAAAUGAUUGAUCUGCUGAAAUCUUCAGACAAAGUAAGGGUCACUGCAAUAGAAUCGCUGGUAGAAUUGGUACCCCGCAAUGGAUGCUUCAAAGAGAAGUGUGAAUUCAAUAUCAUGGCUGAGGAAGCAGAGUAUAGUAGCAUCCGCAAUUUACAGGUUGCAGUUCCAAUGAUGAGAUCAAGAGCGUCUCCAAAUGUACUAAAAGAAGAACUGGAAGCAUAUCAACGUCGUAGAUAUGCACGAAAUUUGACAAACAAUUCAGUCCAAAAAUUAUCAUCUUUCAUAUACACUGAAGAUAUACAAAGAUUAUCUCAUGUGCAGCAUGCAACGCUCUCAUCAUCAGAUCAUUCAUUAGAUGCCAGUGAGCAGAACUCCCAUCCAGACCAUCAUUUACAGCAACCGUAUCAUGUAUGCAGUGGAGCCCACCCAAAACGACUUGGAACCCAAUCACUUCCGCAGUUAGCAAUGUCCGUAAAAGACUCAACCAAGCAACGCCUGCCAAUUAACAAGCAAAAUCAAUCUGUCUACCGUUUAUCCAACGUUGAGUACUUGGUCGCAAAGACUCAACGGAACCAAAUUCAUAAAUCUGUCGGACAGACGCGAGACAUGUCAAAAAGGUUUAGUUUGUCAAUAAGCGACGAAAAUUCCAUUCAUUCUGCCUAUGCUAAUCUGAAGCCAAUCAAUGACAGAAUCAUUCCAAAAUCGGGAAACAAUUUACCACGAUUCCGAGGAUCCAUAGCAUCUUUAGACAUUGGAAUUGGAUCUGAUUCAUCUGCCUCAUUAAGUCAAAACGGUGAUCAAAACAAAGCCAUGCUGCCACCGAUGGGAUUGGACCUUCAGCCGGGAGUCACUCAGCACAAGGCUGACAAUCAAUUUCUUAGAAAAGGUUACACUAACCAUGUAGGAAAGUUUCCUAGAAACCCACUCCCGAGGACUAAUCAUGCACCAACCAAUAACGUCACCAAUAACAGUCAUAGUGUAGAGUAUACUCCGAAAAUGAAUGUUCAAUUAAGAGUAAAUCAUCCUGCUGAAGAUCUCUUAUACAGAAACACAUCUCGUUCUCGCAUCGGCAUCAAUCUAGGAAAGGAAGCGCCACCUCAACUCUUAACACCUAGUUCAAAUAGAUGUGACAGCGUGAAAGCUAAAUCUACAUCCCAUGCUAUUGGCCUGGAAAAUGGACAAGACCAAAUUGACGAUUAUGUACCUAUCCAUUUUGGAUAUCCAGAUCAAGUAUUCCAAGCCGUCUAUUCUUCGAGCGAACAUCCAUACAGUUCCACUUCUUCACAAAGUUCAGAAGAAUUACUUGCACCAAUCCCUGAAUUUCAAACGCAAUUAACAGAAGUGGAGGAUCGAAUGCUUCGCGAAGCACAACAAAGACAGGAUCUAGAACAAGCGGUUCUUCGCUUGACCGAGGAGAAUCGGCGUUUGCACGGCGAAAGUCAGGCUGUCAAGCGACAACUGAGAGUCUUCACUGAUUUGUACUCUCAAACUAUUCAACGGACCACAGAGUAGUUUUAGUCUUUAAGGACAGUUAUAAUAUCUUCAUCUAUGGUUUCAUAGUUUCUAAAAUAAUUUGAUAUGAACUUUUGUAGUUUUAAGACAUACUUGUACGAUGGUCAUGUAACAGUAAUAAUAAAUGACGAAGAAUUGAAA